AUGAUACCGGAUGCCAAAGAAGGUGAAAUUGAAGAAGAUUUAGAACCCGGUGAAUUAUUGGACAACCUUUGCUAUCCAUCACCUACCCCUUCCAUGAUCGAGUUAUCUAUCCUUACUAGGCAACAAUCUCUGAAUCGGGACAAAUCUGCUAACCCAAAUAAGGACUUAUCUACUUCACAAGAUGCACCCUCUUUUUCUGACUCCAACUGCAAACAUGACUCGACUCAGGACUCCUCUCACGGUCUCUACGCUUCCGAUUAUGACUCAAUGUAUCAAGAUGACUCGGGAACUUCUCAAUUCAAUGCGACAGCCCAUUAUGGUCAUAUUUCCACACCACCUUAUGAUUCCACACAUGAGGCCCCACAAAUAGAACAGCCACCAUCACCAUCUGUCAAUCCGUCCAUCAAAUCCCACACUUCAGACAAUAACGACCCACAUGAAGAAAAACCAGCUGACGACAAUCCAGAAAUGGAACAAUUGAGCUCACCUGAAGUAGAAGCUAUUCAAUUCUCUUCUGACAAUACUCACCUUAUGGCUAUGGGAAUGCUCAACCCCCACUUGCGCUUUGAAGACUGGAUUCUAUACGACGCCACUUACUCUUCUCCUACUCGUGUUGUUUCUGACCAAAUAGGAACGGCCUUUGUCCAUUAUGUUUAUCUGCAGAGAGACAGCCAUAUAAACUUGAAAACGACUCCAACUAUUCUACACUUCAGUCGCACUGGUAUCUCAUCUCAAUCUAACCACUCUGCUUCAGUCAGUGCCUAUCCAAUGGGCCAACGUCACUCAGCAUCCUGGACUCAUUUUAAUCCCCAAUCCAUUCGCUCUCAAAACGCUUCUUCUAUUCCCCAACCUCAUUCCCGAAGUUCUGCUCUUCCAGAAACGCCUCUUUUGAUUAUGAUUCACCAAGAAACACGUGUAUCAUUGACGGUCACCGCAAAUGUAGAUGAGCAUCAUCGAGGCCUGAAAGCUUUGGUACAUCCUCUGCGAGUAGCCCAUGACAGCCCGAAAGAGCCAUUAAACGAAGAUGAAGAAGAGCUACGAAUCACCCAAAAUGGCAAAGAGGUCGACCACAAUUCUUCCCUUUUACCUCUUCCCAUAACCAGCACAAUGCACGAAUCGCGAGCUUCAAAUAUGGACAAUGGAAAUGAAUGGUACUAUCAGUAUGGAGAGAAAAGUCCCUUUGGUAUUGACAACACGGAAGAACAUCCCUUGGACGCCAACACAUUGUACUGA